UUCGGUUGCAAGCUCCUGUUCUCAGACGCUUUCCAUCAUGAUCGAGCCCUUCUUGGGAACCUGGACACUGGAAUCCAGUGAAAACUUUGAGGCAUACUUGGGACAACUGGGAGUACCCGCCGCGUUCCGGCAUCUGGCCGCGUUAGAGAAACCGAGAAUCACUAUCAGAGCCCAGGGGGAGAGAGUGAGCAUCAGAACAGAGAGCUCCCUGAAGAACACUGAGAUCUCCUUCAGGCUGGGGGAAGAGUUUGAUGAAACCACCGCUGACAACAGGAAAGUAAAGAGUAUCGUAACCUUAGACGGGGGCUCCCUGGUGCAUGUCCAAAAAUGGCACGGUAAAGAGACAACAAUCAAAAGACAAAUUGUAAAUGGAAAAAUGGUAGCGAAACAUGCCAUGAAUAAUGUUGUCAGCACACGAGUCUACACAAAGUCAUGAAGAAAGUAUCUGCAUCAGCGAAAGCUUGUUCACUAACAAGAAACCGGAGCUUGAAGAAGAUAAUGGCUGAAGGCCGGUGAUUUA